AUGCUUGCCAUAUACGUCACCAUGUUCAUCACAUCUCUGGACAAAACCAUAAUCGCGACAGCCAUCCCAUGGAUAACGAACGAAUUCCACUCCCUCUCCGACAUCGGUUGGUACGGCAGCUCCUACAUGCUCACGCUCUGCGCCUUCCAACUCCUCUGGGGCCGCAUCUACACCUUCUACCCACCGAAGGCUACCUUCAUCGUCGCCAUUAUAAUCUUCGAGGUCGGGUCCGCGCUGUGCGGCGCCGCGCCGUCGUCCACAUCCUUCAUCGUGGGGAGAGCGAUUGCAGGCCUGGGCAGCGCAGGUAUAUCGAACGGCGCUAUCAUCGUGAUGAUGGCGCUGGUGCCGCUAGAGAAGAGGCCCAUGUUUCAAGGGCUGAUUGGCGCAGUGUUUGGGGUUGCGAGCGUGGUGGGUCCGUUGCUGGGUGGUGCGUUCACGCAACACGUGAGCUGGAGGUGGUGUUUUUAUCUCAAUCUGCCGUUCGGAGGGGUUUCGAUCGCGAUCCUGAUUCUGGUCCUGAAGAUACCGCCGAAGCCGAAGGAAGAGCCCGUGCCGCUGGCGCAACAAUUCCGCAAGCUGGAUCCGCUCGGAACGAUCUGCUUCCUGCCGUCGGUCGUGUGUCUGCUGCUCGCGCUGCAGUGGGGCGGCACGACGUACGCGUGGUGGAACUGGAGGAUCAUACUCCUGCUGGUGCUGUUUGGCGUUCUUAUCGUCGCAUUUAUGGCGAUCCAGGUCUUUAUGCCAGAGACCGCCACCUUACCUCUGCGCGUCCUCAAGAUGCGAACCGUCGCCGCCAGCUUCCUAUACAGCACGGCCGCCGGAUCAUCGAUGCUCGUGCUGGCUUACUAUAUUCCUUUGUUCUUCCAGGCGAUCAAGAACUUCUCGCCUCUUGAUUCGGGGUACGCGACUAUACCGUUCAUACUCUCUCUGGUCAUCGGAACUAUCCUCGCGGGCGGCCUAGUGCAGCGCAUUGGAUACCCAGCUCCUUUCAUGAUUCUGUCUACGAUUCUGGCAUCAGUCGGCGCGGGCAUCAUCUCCACAUGGCCAGUCUCUGUCGGCAGUAGCAAGUGGAUCGGGUACCAAUUCCUGUUCGGCUUCGGGUUAGGCAUAGGUAUGCAGGGGCCUAUGUUGUGCGCGCAGAUCGUUCUUGCAAAACGGGACGGGCCUAUAGGCGUGUCCCUUAUGAUGUUCGGUCAGAACCUUGGUGGCGCCAUCUUCCUUGCAGUCGCUCAAUCUGUGUUUACCGACUCGCUCGCAAGCCAGCUGACGAAGAUCCCGGAGAUCCAUCUGAGCAAGAAGGAGAUCGUCGAGCUCGGUGCUACGAGCAUUCGGAGUCUAGUACCAGAGAACAUGCUGGGGGUCUUGCUGGAGGGCUACAGGAUUGCGAUGCGAAACGUGUUUUACGUUGCGGUUGCACUGAUAUGCACCUCGUUGAUUGGAGCAGUAUCGGUUGAGUGGAAGAGCACGAAGACGGGGCACAGACCGGGCGCAGGUGAUACCCAGGCCACAAAGGACAGUGAAGAGAAGGCAAGUGCGUGA